CUAAUUAUUGCCAAGUAUCGAAUCCAACAAAAAAAUAAGAAAAACAAAUCUCAUCCCCUUUCGCCUCCAAUCACUCCAAAUCAUAUCUCAUGGCUGCUUCUUCAAUUCCGCCGUCAACCGCCGCGAUCUCCGUCGUCCGUAAAUCUCUCCUUCUCUCGACCACCUUCUCCUUCCCCGCUUCUUCGUUGCCACUUUCCACCAAAUCACAAAGAAACAUUCAGAGAUUGCUCCAAGCUUCAUCCGCCGCAUCCGCCGCUCCUUCAGAUUCUAAACCGGCGAAGAAAGAAACGAUCUAUUUCGACGGCGGAGCUCAUUACGGAGAUCUAUUGGCCAAUCUCGUCUUAGGUCUAACCAUCUUGUGGCUCCCACUAACACUAGCCGCCGUGUCUCGAGCGUUUAACCUCCGUUACAGGUUCACAAACCUCCGCGUGACGGUGAUAUCGGGACUCACCGGAGAAGAUCGGAGCGAUUUCUCGUACAAGGUGGUUAAAGACGUCCAGGUUGUGCCUAGGUUCAUCGGAGAAUGGGGUGAUAUCAUCAUCACGUUGAAAGAUGGAACGAAGGUGGAUCUCAGGAGCGUUCCUAAGUUCAGAGAGAUUGCUAAGUACUGCUUGUCAAUGGCUGAUCAACCUGCCGUUUUGAAAGAAUCUGGCGCUAAAGGCUUUUGAAUAAACUCUCAAUUUCUCGAUUCUGUGCAAACGAUCAGUUUUUUUUUUUUUUGUAUCAGUUGUGUGUUGUGAGUUUUUCAAUAGUAAUCUAAGCAUUUCCAUGU